AAAUUGUAAAAAGAAAUUAGUUUGCUUCUGUUUGAUUAUAUUCAUGUCUGCUUUUGAAUUUUAACUCCUGUCUUCAAUUUUGCAAACCAAUAUGCAACCUAUCUCAGCACCUCAUGUCAGAACUUCAAUCAAAAUUGUUAGCACAUUAAACGAAAGCUACCACACCAAUCAACCACCCUUGGCAGGCAAAAUAAAACGCCUUGUUCUCACCCAGGAAGGUAGAACAAAGCUCAACAUUUACCCAGAUAGAGAGUUCUAUGCAUUUCCACGCUUUGUAAAACAUGUAGAUGAUGGUUUUGUUUCUACACUGACCAAUCUUUACAGAGAGAGGUUGAGAUCUGACAUGGAGAUUCUUGACCUCAUGAGCUCCUGGGUUAGCCAUCUACCAAGUGAUGUCAAGUACAAAAAGGUGGUGGGGCAUGGGUUGAAUGGACAAGAGCUUUCAAAGAAUCCAAGGUUGGAUUUUUUUGUUGUGAAGGAUCUCAACAAGGAUCAACAGUUUGAAUUUGAGAGUUGCAGUUUUGAUGCAGUGUUAUGCACAGUUAGCGUGCAGUAUCUCCAACAACCAGAGAAGGUAUUUGAAGAGGUGUUCCGGGUACUAAAGCCAGGAGGGGCAUUCAUUGUGAGUUUUAGCAACAGAAUGUUCUAUGAGAAAGCCAUAAGUGCAUGGAGGGAAGGGACUGCUUAUAGUAGGGUACAACUUGUGGUUCAGUACUUCCAAUCCGUGGAAGGUUUCACAGAGCCAGAGGUAGUUCGAAAGCUGCCAAAUGCUCAAGAGAACAACAUGUCACCAAUUGGUUGGAUCAUGAGGCUUUUUGGAUUGCUUUCAGGGUCAGAUCCCUUCUAUGCAGUGAUUGCUUACAGGAAUUAUAAGCCCAUACAUGAUGCCUGAAUUUGAGGCUUGUUGUUAAAGUGGAAGUAGGCUAACAUCUGAAGGUAAAAAAAUGUGCUAUAUUGAUAUUUAUCACUCAUGAAGUUGAAAUUAUAUAUGUUGACACUUCAUAGACUUCCGUUUAUUUAAUUGUUUUAAGACAAAUGGUUAUAGAAAUUGACAUUUUUCUGAAAUGCUGCAAGUAAAUAACAUUGUGGAAUCAAAUUCAGCCUCA